AUGUCAAGUCUAAAAAUAUCCCAUUACUCCUGCAAACACCAACAUAAAAGUUAGUUUGCAGCCAACAAACCUUCGGAGACUGGGACUUUCACUGGAGAUUUUACAGGAAUGGAGGACAUCGAUAGAUGUGAAGAGGAGCUUAUUGACUAUGCCAUUCGAGAGAGUAUUCGAGAUUUAUCAAUAGACAGGUAUUCAGAAAAUGGAGAGAAUUACGUUCAUGUAUUAUUCGCACAUCCCGCAAUAAGUUUGUCACCGCUCCCUGACUUUGUUUACCCAUAUCUCAACAGCAUGCCAACAGUCAGUGGUGACUAUCUGAGGAUAGUGACUGCCAUCGAGCAAGGUGAUGUGUGUACCCUGCAGGAGCUGUCUGGAUUGCAGGCUUUCACAGAGAGGGACAUCAGAGGGUGGCUUCCCCUACACAGAGCCGUUGUGCAGUCCCAGGAACAGGUCUUGGAUCAGGUCCUGCUGGCUUCCUGUGAUGGGACUGUGGAUGAUGUGACUGCAGGCGGGGACACAGCGUUGAUUCUGGCUGCUCAGGAGGGUCUGCUGGAGAAUGUCAGGACUCUACUGCGGCAUGGAGCCUCUCCACACAAAACCAACAGCCUGAAUGAGUCCCCACUGCUGCUUGCGGUGAGACAGGGAUCAUAUGACAUGGUGUCCACUCUGAUCAAUUGUGGGGCCUUCGUGGAACAGGUGUGUCUGAAGAAGUGGAUGGCCAUUCACGAGGCAGCCAAGGUGGGCUGCAGUGCCAUCCUGGUGCUUCUGCUGAGACAUGGGGCCAAGGUGACAGCUGUAGAUGGGCACAAUGUCACCCCGCUGGGCAUCGCAGCAGAGUAUGCCCAUGCCGAGGUCCUGGAUAUACUCAUAAAGAACGGUGGCGACGUGAACGCCCAGGCAUAUAACGGAGACACUGUUCUGUACGAUGCAGCCGGCUCAGGGAACCUGGACUGCAUAUACCUCCUCCUGCAAGCUGGAGCCAACCCUAACAUUGCCAGUCUGGCCUGCCAGCUGCCCAUACACAGAGCCGCCUAUGAGGGACACAUCCUUGCUCUGAGGACCUUCAUCCCCAUCACCACUAAGAGGGCCAUCCGUCUGUCUGGCCAGAGCCCAGUCCACUCUGCAGCAGAUGGCGGCCAUGUUGACUGUCUGGAGCUGCUCAUAGAGAAAGGUUUCGAUGUCAACACUCAGCUGGACGUACACAUCUCAGAGAGCUACGGGGACAUGAGGCGGAGUCCACUCUACUUCGCCGUAUCCAACAGUGAUAUCACCUGCACAGAGAUGCUGCUGGCCGCCGGGGCCAAAACUGACCUGGACCCGCUACGCUGCUUCCUGGUGGCUGUACGCGCUGGGAGGUAUGAGCUGGUGCGUCUGCUAUUGUCCAGGGGUGCCGAAGUCAACUGCUACUUCAGAAUGAUCAGUGACACACUGUUUCCCACCGCGUUGCAGUACUGUCUCAGAGAUCACAUGAUUCUGCGCCUGCUGCUCAACAACGGCUACGACAUAGAGAAGUGCUUCCUGUGUAACCACGGCAACGGACAGGAUAUGGACUGCGACUCCAGGGUCGACUACCAACAUAACCAUAGAAGAACUUUAUUUUAUAACCAGGACUACAGAGCCUCGUUCUGUGAAAUCAUCUCCCUGUCGUCGGUGGUCAACCUGGCGGGGAGUGUGGUACGGAUGCUUCUGGACUACGUCAGACACCCACGUAUCUGCCCCAACCUCCUACGGGUCCUGGAGAAACAGAAAGAGUGGCCAGACAUCUGUGACAUUCUGGACAACCCUCGGUCCCUGCAGCACCAAUGUCGUUUGGUCAUUAGGAGACAGAUGACCCCUAGAAGACUGAAUGACCCACAGGUCAUGGCUAGCGUCCCGUUUCCCCCGACACUCAAACACUACCUCACCUACAGGGAGUACGACGAGUAUGGUGGGUUGGAAGCCUCACACUCAUAAGAGGACUAUAUCAAUGAAAACAUGUUUAGAACAACAAAAAGUCAUCCUGUUCUGUGCAUAACUGAUCAAUCACAUUACGCUCUUUCUCAUGAAUAAUGCAUCAGCUCAUAUACUUAUGCUUAUAUGAAGUAUGGCAAGUGUUCUUGUGAUGUAAUGUUUGUAAUAACUACAAUUCUUUUCACACUGAUUCAUGUUCUCUGAAUUGUGUCAAUUGUACUUAUCAUAGUACUGCUACUUCUACUAGACUGCAUACAUUAGACCGCACAGCUGUGCAGCAUGGUACAGUGCAUGUAGUGUGAUGUACUCUUCAAGAUCUCCCCAUGGGAAGAGCAGGUUAGGUCUAAAAAAUAACACUCUCAUUCAGUUUAUAAGUAGGGCUAAACACUCACGGAAUACUGGUCUGAAUGACUCUGCUGCAAUGGACUGUUGACUUUUACAGUGACCCUGACACCUACCUGACUCAUAUAAGACCAGGGUUUAAAUCUAGAGAGACCUAUAGAUCUAGACAACAGCUCGUCCAUAUUAUACCCUCAAAGUUCUGGGAACUAGUUGUGUUCUCACUAGCCCUGUGACUGGUGCUAACAUGCAUUCUUUGUCCUGAUCUUGUCCACAUUCUGAUUGUGCCCACAUUUUUAAACAGGUGUAGAAGAUUAAAAGACGCAUUGUGAUCUGAUUGUGAUCAGAUUUCCCUGACAACCUCCGGAGGUAGUCAGGCUUGCAAGUGUAGACAGAUCUGGACAGGGAAACCAUUUAAAUCAUCAUUAUCCGGCACUCUAAAAUCCUUGACAAGUUGGAGCAUUGACUUAUGGCAUCAAUAUGAGUCUUAAAAUAAAUAAAUACACAUUAUUUUUGAAAGAAUGUCUAAAAAUGUGACUGUUGACAAGAUCAGGACAGGAUGCAUGUUUGCAGCAGGUAAAAACAAGGCUACUGAGACCUGUUGGGUGUACAACAAACUAGAAUCAAUGAGUUAGCCAGCUAACUUUGAUAAACAACCACAAAUAACUCUUAAUUUUCAAGCUUAUUUCAAGCUUUUUUUUUUUAAAGAAAUUUAAAAAAUAAGUUAUUUCAGAAUAUUUAGGAGUUAGCUGGCUAACUCAAUGAUCCUGCUUCGUAGUACAACCCUCAGCUCAACUCUUCCUGGAACACAGAGAGCUUAUGAGGCAAAUCUCGUAACAUUCCCCAAAUACAUGUUAGGAUUUCAGCCAUUUUCCCAAAGCAAAGUUGAGUAACCCUAAAACACCAUUGGGUGGCAAUGUUACAAUCGGCAUCCACGCACAUGACUAUAGUCCUAUGCACUGUGCAGUGCCUGGUAUCCUCCACUCCAACCAAGCCUUGGGCCUUUACAGUAGCGGAACAACAAUUGCUGUAUUCAGAUCAUAUCAUGAAAUGUUUAAACUGAAUAACACCCCAGUUAACUGACUGAACCAAACGUGGGUUCUGCUGUUGUUAAGGCACAGCUAGCGGAGGGUAGACUAGAGUAGCAUGGUCCAAUGUAGAAUUAUGUUGAGAGAGUUCUAGCGUUGCCAGACUGUUGUUGUUAUCUGAACAGCAGCAUUCCUGCCCUGUCAACACCAGCCUACCGCUCAUCGAGACACAGUGGAGUGGACACUGUAUUCCUACCCACUAGUCAUACCAUAGACCAGGGCUCUCCAACCCUAUUCCUGGAGAGCUAACUUCCUGGAGGCUUUUGCUCUAAUCCCCGUUUUAUCUAAAACUAACUUCCUGUAGGAUUUUUGCUCUAAUCCCCGUUUUAUCUAAAGCUAACUUCCUGGAGGUUUUUGCUCUAAUCCCUGUUUUAUCUAAAGCUAUCUUCCUGGAGGAUUUUUCUCUAACCCCUGUUUUAUCUAAAGCUAACUUCCUGGAGGCUCUUGCUCUAAUCCCCAUUUUAUCUAACCUGAUUCACCAGCUGAUUAUUAGAAUCAUGUGAGCUAGAUUUGUUAUUUUGUAUUUUAUUAGGAUCCCCAAUAGCUGUUGUGAAAGCAGCAGCUACUCCUCCUGGGGUCCACACAAAACAUGAAACAUGACAUAACAUUAAUAAACAGCUCAAGGUGAGAACUACAUGCAUUUUAAAAAUGGCAAACAUACUGUAGCCUACACAUCAAUACAUACACACAAACUAUCUAGGUCAAAUAGGGGAGAGGCGUUGUGCCGUGAGGUGUUGCUUUAUCUGUUUUUUGAAACCAGGUUUGCUGUUCAUUUGAGCCAUAUGAGAUGGAAAGCUGUUCCGUGCAAUAAUGGUUCCCUAUAAUACUGUACGCUUUCUCGAAUUUGUUCUGGAUUUGGGGACUGUGAAAAGACCCCUGGUGGCAUGUCUGGUGGGGUAAGUGUGUGUGUCAGAGCUGUGUGUAAGUUGACUACGCAAACAAUUUGGAAUUUUCAACCAUGUUUCUUAUAAAAAUAAGUGAUGCAGUCAGUCUCUCCUCUCUUAGCCAAGAGAGACUGGCAUACAUGGUAUUUAUAUUAUCCCUCUGAUGAAGAGCAAGAUGAAGAACAAGAUGUGCCGCUCUGUUCAGGGCCAAAGGCGGCUUAUUACCUAGGUAUUUUGCAGCACUUGACCACAUGACUGGACAAUAAUCAAGAGAAGACUAAACUUGACUCUGCAGGACUUGCUUUUUGGAAUAUGGUGUCAAAAAAGCAGAGCAUCACUUUAUUACGGCCAGACCUCUCCCCAUCGUUACAACCAUUGAAUCUACAUGUUUUGACCAUGACAGUGUACAAUCUAAGGUAACACCAAGUCAUUUAGUCUCCUCAACUUGUUCAACAGCCACACAAUUCAUUACCAGAUUCAGCGGAUGUCUAGAGCUUAGGGAAUGAUUUGUGCCUAAUACAAUGCUCUUAGUUUUAGAGAUGUUCAGGACCAGUUUAUUACUGGCCACCCAUGACAAAACUGACUGCAACUCUUUGUUAAAGGUUUCAGUGACUUUAUUAGCUGUGGUUGCUGACACGUACACUACCGUUCUAAAGUUUGGGGUCACUUAGAAAUGUCCUUGUUUUUGAAAGAAAAGCCAUUUUUUUGUCCAUUAAAAUAAAAUUGAUCAGAAAUACAGUGUAGACAUUGUUAAUGUUGUAAAUGACUAUUGUAGCUGGAAACUGCUGAUUUGUAUUGGAAUAUCUACAUAGACAUACAGAGGCCCAUUAUCAGAAACCGUCCCUCCUGUGUUCCAAUGGCACGUUGUGUUAACUAAUCCAAGUUUAUCAUUUUAAAAGGCUAAUUGACCAAUAGAAAAUAAUUUUGCAAUUAUGUUAGCACAGCUGAAAACUGUUGUGCUGAUUAAAGAAGCAAAACAACUGGCCUUCUUUAGACUAGUUGAGUAUCUGGAGCAUCAGCAUUUGUGGGUUCAAUUACAGGCUCAAAAUGGCCAGAAACAAAGAGCUUUCUUCUGAAACUCGUCAGUCUAUUCUUGUUCUGAGAAAUGAAGGCUAUUCCAUGUGAGAAAUUGCCAAGAAACUGAAGAUCUCGUACAAUACUGUGUAGUACUCCCUUCACAGAACAGCGCAAACUGACUCUAACCAGAAUAGAAAGAGCAGUGAGAGGCCCCGGUGCACAACUGAGCAAGAGGACAAGUACAUUAGAGUGUCUAGUUUGAGAAACAGAUGCCUCACAAGUCAUCAACUGGCAGCUUCAUUAAAUAGUACCCGCAAAACACCAGUCUCAGCGUCACCAGUGAAGAGGCGACACCGGAAUGAUGGCCUUCUACGCAAAGUUGCAAAGAAAAAGCCAUAUCUCAGACUGGCCUAAAAAAAGAGAGAUUAAGAUGGGCAAAAGAACACAGACACUGGACAGAGGAUGAUUAGAAAAAGUGUUAUGGACAGACAAAUCCAAGUUUGAGGUGUUCGGAUCACAAAGAAGAACAUUCGUGAGAUGCAGAGAAAAUGAAAAGAUGCCGGAAGAGUACUUGUCGCCAUCUGUCAAGCAUGGUGGAGGUAAUGUGAUGGUCUGGGGGUGCUUUGGUGGUGGUAAAGUGGGAGAUUUGUACAGGGUAAAAGGGAUCUUGAAGAAGGAAGGCUAUCACUCCAUUUUGCAACGCCAUGCCAUACCCUGUGGACAGCGCUUAAUUGGAGCACAGUCACCGGAUCUCAACCCUAUUGAGCUGUUGUGGGAGCAGCUUGACCGUAUGGUACGUAAGAAAUGCCCAUCAAGCCAAUCCAACUUGUGGGAGGUGCUUCAGGAAGCAUGGGGUGAAAUCUCUUCAGAGUACCUCAAUAAAUUGACAACUAAAAUGCCAAAGGUCUGCAGGGCUGUAAUUGCUGCAAAUGGAGGAUUCUUUGACGAAAGCAAAGUUUGAAGGACACAAUUAUUACUUCAAUUAAAAAUCAUUAUUUAUAACCUCGUCAACGUCUUGACUAUAUUUCCUAUUCAUUUCAUGUAUGUUUUCAUUCAAAACAAGGACAUUUCUAAGUGACCCCAAACUUUUGAACGGUAGUGUAUAUGGUUGAAUCAUCGGCAUACAUGGACACUCAGGCUUUAUUUAAUGCCAGUGGCAGGUCUUUGGUAAAAAUAGAAAAUAAUAGAGGGCCUAGAGAGUUGCCCUGUGGUACACCACACCCUACAUGUUUGACAUUAGAGAGACUGCCAUUAAAGAAAACCCUCUGAGUUCUAUUAGAUAGAUAGCUCUGAAUAAAUUAUACGGCAGAGGUUGAAAAGCCAUAAAACAUACGUUUUGUCAACAACAGGUUAUGGUAAAUAAUAUCAAAGGAUUCACUGAAAUCUAACAGUACAGUUCCCACAAUUUCUUUCAACCAAUCGUCAGUCAUUUGUGUCAGUGCCAUCCAUACAUGUUGAAUGUCCUUCUCUAUAAGCAUGCUGAAAGUCUGUUGUCAAUUUGUUUACAGAGAAAUAGCAUUGUUUUUGGUCAAACACAAUUUUUUCCAACUGUUUGCUGAGAGCUGGCAUCAAGCUGAUAGGUAUGCUGUUAGAACCAGUAAAAGCCGCUCUACCACUCUUGGGUAGCGGAAUGACCUUGGCUUCCCUCCAGGCCUGAGGACAAACACCUUCCUCUAGACUCAGAUGAAAUAUAUGACAGAUAGGAGUGGCCAUAGAGUCAGCUACCAUCCUCAGUAGCUUUCCAUCUAAGUUGUCAAUGCCAGGUUUGUCAUUAUUGAUCGAUAUCAAUUUUUCCACCUUUCCCACACUAACUUUACAAAAUUCAAAUUUACAAUGUUAUUCUUUCAAUAUUUGAAGCAUGAAUAUGAUGUUUCUCUGUUCGUUGUUGGCAUUUCUUGCAGAAAUUUUGCCCACUUUGCCAAUGAAGUAUUCAUUAAAAUAAUUGCCAACAUCAAAUGGUUUUGUGAUGAAUAAGUCAUCUAGAUUAGUUUUGAAGUGAAAACCUACAGGACGGUAGCUCUCCAGGAACCGGGUUGGAAAACUCACCAUAGACCUCGCUGGUCACACCAAAGAGAGUACUACGAGUACUAUGAGCACUAUGAGUCUUUGGUCAUCUACCUAAACAGCCUGGCCUCAGAGCCAUACAAAACAUACUUACGCAUUUUUUAGCACCUCCAAGACGUAUGAUACCUACUAAUGGUCUAGUUACUUGAGACAGAAAUAAAAGCAGAGAAGUUGUUCAAGGAGGAUGGGUGAGAGUAAUCCGCAACCAUCUAGCAUUCCAAAGGUUGCACAUUUGAGUUAACAUCGGAGACAACUGUAGGAUUUUAGCUAAUCAUUCCCCUAACCCUUAUUCUUAACUUAACCCAAUUCACCUAACCUGCAACGUAACUUGCCCAACCUUUGUCAUUUUAGUUCCCCUAACCUUUCACAUAAAUUAUCCUAAUCUUUAUCAUUAGUUCACCUCACCACCAACUUAAAUUCUCCCCAUAAUUCUCCUCUGUUGUUAAGACGCAACAAGCAACCUGGUCUCAGAGAAAGAAGUAUAAUAAGAUAAUGAUUAUCAUCCAAUUUGUAACCGGGUAAGACAUAUCCCACGGGGCACAGACUGGUUGAAUCAAUGUUGUUUCAAUGUAAUUGUCGACGUGUUGUGACGUGGAAUGUGGUGGAAAAUACAUUGGAUUUGAAAAAAGAAAGUUUUGAGGGUGAGAUUUCAACCACGGGAUUAUGUCAUCAUGGUAACCAAAUUUCAACAUAGACAAACCUUGUCUAAAAUAUGUUGAAUUUGAUUUGUACCUUUAAAACAACGUCAGAUUUUCAAUGUCAUCCACUAUCAGAAAGAAAAUACAUGCUGGGCAGCACCUCCUACUGGAGAAUUGAUCUAUCUACAGGUACCCUUCGGUCUCCCAUCUCUGGGCUUUAACCAAGCCCAGCUCUGCUUAGCUAUUUGUCACUGACUAUUACCAAUGUGCUAUCGUGAGAGUGAUUGUUCCGAGACCUCCACUUAAAAACUAAAUACUGUAGAUUCACUGUUGCUAUCGAAGUCAUUCCAAAGGGUAGGUUUAAUAGAGCAAAUGAAACGUGACCAUACUUUAUCACUCAUAGAUCAUUAGUGAUGCUUUUCACUGACAUUUGUUCGGUCAAAACAGUAGGAUAAAAGACGGUCCUUUUUUCCCCUCCUCCUUUUCUCUCAAGAGCUUUGUCACAACGUCAGUCAAUUCCCCCUCAGGGGUUAUGGAUUAUGGCGUGUUACUUAAAAAUAACAUUCUAAUAGUAAAUGGUAGCUAGUAACUAUUUAGACCUACAUAGCAUUUGCAGUCAUCAAAAGCUACUGUUUCAAUUUAACCCAGAAUUCAACAAAAAAUAGACAAUUCAAUAGAGGCAUUUCAAGCUCUGGUUGAUUUUAGAUGUAAAUGAUA